CCCUCCCUUCUCGCACGCUUUAUAUUCUCCAACAGAAGCUCCUCGUUCAAAAAACGUAACACUUCGUCGUCGUCUUCUUCUUCUCUUCUUCAAUCUCUCGGUGCCCAAUUUCCUUCGGUUCGAAUAGGUUUGAUGAUCGGUUGGCUUGGUAGAGUUUGAGCUACCCAAUGGUUCUUCUAAUGGAAAAUGAAUCAUAUGACUCUGUUGGUAAAGUUAAUGAGCCUGCCACGCGUGCUCAUGAUGAUAAUUCUUCGCACCAAAGUGGUUCUGCCACAAGUGGGCUUUUUUGUGAUUCAAGUGUAGAUAGUGAAACUAAUGAAGUUAGCAAACCUAAUAAUGCAGACAGUAACAACCAAAAUAUUCCACAUAUGUAUAGGCAAGAUGUUGUAAAAAGCAAUAGCAGUGGCAUGAUUGGGAUAGUGACUGAAGUUGCCGGUGACACAGAUUCAGAUAGCAGCAUUAACAAUGAUGAGGAUGAGGAUGAUGACAGUGAUGAUGAAGACAACAAUGGCGAGAAUGAGGAAGAAGAUGGUGAUGGAAAUAGCAAUGCCAAUGGCGAUAGUGAUAGUGAUGGGGAAGGAGGUGGUGGCGAGAGUGGUCCUCUUCCAGCAGACCAGGUGCGAGUACUUUGGAUGGAUAAAACUGAGUCAACCAUAAGUCUUAAUGACGUAGCAGUUGUUGAUCGUGGAUUCUUACAUGGGGAUUUUGUUGCCACUGCUUUGGACCCAACUGGGCAAGUGGGUGUUGUGGUAAAUCUGAGUACCUCCGUUGAUUUGUUAUCUUCUGAUGGAUCUAUUAUGAAAGAUAUUUCAUCCAAAGACUUGAAACGCAUAAGGGAUUUCACUGUUGGUGACUAUGUGAUCUUGGGUCCCUGGCUAGGUAAAAUCGAAGAUGUUUUAGAUAAUGUGACUGUGUUGUUUGAUGAUGGUUCUGUGUGUAAGGUUCCAAAAGUUGAGCCACUGAAGCUAAAACCAAUUUCCAAGAAUAUCCUCGAAGAUGGACAUUUUCCUUACUAUCCUGGCCAGCGUGUAAGGGCCAGUUCUUCAUCACUUUUCAAGAAUUCCAGGUGGCUGUCUGGCUUGUGGAAACCUAAUCGGUUGGAAGGUACUGUUAUAAAGGUUACAGUUGGUUCAGUUUUUAUUGAUUGGAUAACAUCUGCCAGCUAUGGACCAAAUUCUUCAACUCCCCCUGCUGAAGAGCAGAGUCCAAAAAACUUAAAACUGUUGUCUUGUUUUUCCCAUACAAAUUGGCUAUUGGGUGACUGGUGUAUUCUCCCCAAAUUGGCUCUUUCGUCUUCCAUUCCCUUAGACAGUGGCUUAUCAAAAUUAGAACUUCAACAUUCGAUCAACUGUGAGUUAGAUUCUACUCAAAUGGGAAGUGGGUGCGAUUCAGAAGAGGUUUCAUUGGAGGAAUCAGAUGAAAAUAAUGAAUCCAUGGAUCUUGAUCCCGUUGAUGCAGUGGAUGGAAUUGAUAGAAACUUUCAAAUCAACGAGCCUGAGUCCAGCUCUUGCUGUAGUUCAUUGUCUGUUUCAAAGGAGCCUGUCCAUGAAUCUUGGCCUCUUCAUCGCAAGAAGAUCUGUAGAGUAGUUGUUAGGAGGGACAAGAAAGCUCGAAAGAAAGAGGAAAGUUUUGAAAAAGCCCUUUUGAUUGUCAAUACCAGGACAAAGGUUGAUGUGGCAUGGCAGGAUGGAACAACAGGUUGUGGGCUGGAUUCAACAAGUUUGAUUCCGAUUGAUAGUCCUGGUGAUCAUGAAUUUGUUGCGGAGCAGUAUGUGGUGGAGAAGGUCUCCGAUGAUGGGGAUGAUGUUGGAGAAGUCAGGCGUGUUGGGGUUGUGAAGAGUGUGAAUGGCAAGGAACGAACAGCUUGUGUAAGGUGGUUACAGCCAGUUGCCCAGGCAGAAGAUCCUCAAGAGUUUGAUAAAGAGGAAAUUGUAAGUGUGUAUGAGUUGGAGGGACAUCCAGAUUAUGAUUACUGCUAUGGGGACGUAGUUGUUCGAUUGUCUCCAGUUUCUGUUUCUUCAGAAACAGCUACUGGCAUGGACUCCGUUCCUCAAUCAAAGCAGCAGAAUAGGCCAAAUGAGAUUAGACGGGAUGUCACAAAACACUCUGGAUGUAGAAGUGUAGAAGAUUCAUCUGGAAAUAAAUUUUGGGGUGGCUUCUCCGAUCUCUCUUGGGUCGGGAAUAUAACUGGUCUAAGGAACGGUGGUAUUGAAGUUACAUGGGCUGAUGAGAUGGUUUCAACGGUUGGACCUCAAGCAAUCUAUGUUGUUGGUCGAGAUGAUGAUUCAGUUGCGGCUGGGAGUGAAGUUAGUGAUGAUGCUACUAGUUGGGAAACUGUCAAUGACAACGAGAUGGAUACCCUCGAGAAUGUUCAAGAGGAAGAUGAGCUGCAUAAUGCCAACUACGUAGAUUCUGAACCAGAAAAAUGUGGAGAGAAUUCUAGCAAAAAUACGGCACUGUCAGUUCCAUUAGCUGCAUUUCGGUUUGUGUCAAGACUGGCCACUGGAAUAUUCUCACUGGGACAAAAGAAUUUAGAUCCAUGCAGUUUGGAUUCCAAAGUUGAAGGUGAGCUCGAAUCCAUCCGGACAAUACAGAUUUCUGAGGGAAAAGACUCUAGUGAUGAGUAUAGUUCUCAGAAACCAAACAUCAUUGAUAGCUGUGGUACUGAAAUUAAAGAAGAGCAGGACAUUUCUGAGGCACAUGAAUUGUUUGAAGUAGCAGAAGCUUCAUGUGAUUUGAGGGCUGAAGAGUCAAAUGCUCCAGCAUAUUUAGGGGAUGACAUUUGUUGUUUCAAACACUUUGAUAUAGCUAAAAAUCCUGUGGACCAUUAUUUUCUUGGUGCAUAUGGACAGAAUGACAAUGGAAGGAGGUGGUUUAAGAAGGUUCAACAAGAUUGGAGCAUACUUCAGAAUAACCUUCCUGAUACAAUCUAUGUGCGAGUUUAUGAAGAUAGAAUGGAUCUCUUAAGGGCGGUUAUAGUUGGGGCAUACGGGACACCUUACCAAGAUGGGCUCUUCUUCUUCGAUUUUCACCUCCCACCAGAAUACCCUGAUGCACCACCAUUGGUAUCCUAUCAUUCAGGUGGCUGGCGGAUAAAUCCAAAUUUAUAUGAGGAUGGCAAGGUGUGCCUUAGCCUUCUGAAUACUUGGACUGGAAAAGGAAAUGAAGUUUGGGAUCCAAAGUCUUCUAGCAUCCUACAAGUUCUAGUUUCACUUCAGGGGUUAGUGCUAAAUUCUAAGCCAUAUUUUAAUGAAGCUGGCUAUGACAAGCAGAUUGGGACAGCUGAGGGAGAGAAAAAUUCAUUGUCUUGCAAUGAGAAUACUUUCUUGCUGAACUGCAAGACAAUGAUGUAUCUUAUGAGGAGGCCUCCAAAGGACUUCGAAGAGCUUGUUAAAGACCAUUUCAGUAAGCGUGGAUAUUACAUACUUAAGGCCUGUGACGCUUAUAUGAAAGGUUGUUUAGUAGGCUCUCUCACUGAGGACGCCUCUGUGAGUGAUAAGAACAAUGUCAAUUCAACUUCAGUUGGUUUCAAGCUGAUGCUAGCGAAGAUAUUACCGAAGCUUUUCUUGCUACUCAGUGGAGUUGGAGCUGAUUGUCAUGAAUUCAAGCAUCUGUUACAGUCUUUUAGUGUAAUUGGAGGACCCAAUAUCGGUCAAGCCAACUAGUUCAACAAGGUCAGUCUUCGAGGAUCCAUCAACAAGGUCAGUCUUCAACAAGGUCAAGCCAACUAAUUGGAGGAUCCAUCAGUGUACAGGCUUUCCUGCAUUGUGAACGAUUCAUUUAUGGUGUGAAAGCCUAUUCUAUUUUUUUGGAGCAAAAUCUCUGGAUUCUCCUAUAUGAUUUUCAUAAAUGAAACUUUUCAUCCGCUAACGGAGUGUUUUGGGAAUGAUUGAAUUCUCUUGGAUUUUGCUCCAAACUCAUUGUUUGGACACUUUCAAGGGGGUCUGGGAUUGGAAAGGCAGUUGGGUUUCACAUUAACAAUUUUUUUUUUGCUCAUUUUGAUGACAGACGACGAUUCACAUUCAAUUGAAGAAAAAUCUUCUGCAAA